AUUCUGCUGGUGCCUGGAUGGGCACUUGGAUGACUGUUUGUUGAGAAAGGAAGCUUAAAAACAGCAGUUUCACAGCAAGAUCAGAGAAGUGCUGAAAACAGAGUGAAGAUAUGAACAGAAUUGAAGGACAAAUAGAGGAGAGAGGGUAUUGGGGCAGUAAAGCAGAGUUUCUUCUGGCUGUGGCAGGGAACAUGGUUGGUCUGGGCAACGUGUGGAGGUUUCCGUACCUCUGCUACAGGAAUGGAGGAGGGACUGAGAGGAUGUUUGACGUCACCGAAGACGUGACGAACUCACAACCCCAUUAUAUAUUCAUGCUGUGUUGGAAAUACUUGACUCCUCUCAUGUCUCUGCAGUGUGGACCGCAAGAUCACAGAAGGGCUAAAAAACAGUGUGAAGAAAUGAACAGAAUUGAAGGACAAAUAGAGGAGAGAGGGUAUUGGGGCAGUAAAGCAGAGUUUCUUCUGGCUGUGGCAGGGAAUGUGGUUGGUCUGGGCAACAUGUGGAGGUUUCCGUACCUCUGCUACAGGAACGGAGGAGGGGCGUUUCUGAUACCCUACCUGGUGUUUGUGUUUACCUGUGGGGUUCCUCUGUUCCUGCUAGAGACGGCUAUGGGACAGUACACACAGGAAGGAGGCAUUACAUGUUGGCAUCGGCUCUGUCCACUAGCUGAGGGUAUUGGCUAUGCAGGACAACUGAUUCUUCUGUACAUCUGCAUGUAUUACAUCAUCAUUCUGGCCUGGGCGCUUUUCUACCUCGUCUUCUCUUUCAGCUCACAUUUGCCCUGGGCCAGUUGUGACAACUCCUGGAAUACAGAUGACUGUGUAAAUCUUGCUGCAAAGAAUUUGACCCUCAACCGGACAAUGUUGAUUAAUUCAACACCUGCAGCUACUGAGUUCUGGGAGUAAAUAAUUACACUGAUACAGAGUUUUACAAGAACAUUGCAAACCAAUGUUG